GACGGGCAGGAGCACGAGGAGCGAGAGGCGGGCGGGCGGCCAGGAGCGGGGCGAGCGAGGAGCGGGCGGCAGCGGCGCCGAGGGCGGCAUCCGCCGGCCCUGUGUUUCGUCGGCCACCGCGAGCCGCGACGCGAGGGCGCGGCUCGCGCACGGGUAA